AUGAAGCUCAUCAACAGAUCCAUCGCCAUCACCCUCCUGGCUGUCAUCGUUCCAGCUCUCGGAAACACCCGCGAACCAGAUCCCGGCACCGAGAAAGACAUCCUCUGCACCGUCGAAGUGGCCAAGCUAGUCCCAGACUCGAGCAUCGUCAACAACACGCUUCUCCUCUGGCCAAAAGGAUCAUGCUGCACGACGACGGACUGCGAAAUACAGAAGUUCGGUUGUCCUGCUGGGAACGGUGACAUUUGCUGCUACAAGGCCAGUGGCAAUGGGGUUGCUGCCGGGAUGUGCGAUUGUGGGAUCGACCAGCAGCCGCAAGGGACUUGCUUCUAA